AUGGACGCGCUCACCGAGGAGCACGCUCGCCACGUGGCCGAGUUCCAGGACGCGCAGGCGGGCUUCAAGCGCGAGAGCGGGCUCAUGCAGCAGAGUCCAGAUUUGCAGGUCGCGGUGGCAGGGUACUUCGAGGAGGAGCAGGACCACGAGGAGCAGCUCCAGGAGGCGCGCCGGGCCGCGGAGCACCACCGCGCCCGCGCCGCGGCGGCCAAGCAGCGCUACCAGGACUCCCUGAUGGGCCUGGAGGCGCUGAGCGAGCAGGCGCACCGCGGGCGGCGGGGCGCGAGCCCCGGGGAGCCGCCGCGAGAGGGGCUGCCGGCGUGGCAGUGCCCGGCAGGCACGCCCCGGGGCGACGUGGCCAGCCUGGGCCGGGCGGGCGCCGCGGGCCACAGCGCGGAGGCAGCGCCCGCGCCACGCGGGACGCGCAGGAGGAAGUCCUGCGGCCCCAGCCUCGCCAGGCACAGCAGGGAUGGCAGCAGGGUGGGCAGCAAGCGGGCUUGCACCGGCGAGGGGCCCGGCACGCCCUCGCGCGCCUCCACCUGGCCGCACCCGCACGCGGCGGCCUCCUGCGGCUCCUCGUCGCUGCCCCUGGCCUGCUUCGCCCCCGCGCCGGCCGCCGCCGCGGCCGGCGGCGCCGCGGCCUGCGCGGCGCUGGGCGGCUGCCUGCGGCGGGGGGGGCUCCCGGAGGAGGGCCCGGCGAGGGCCCGGCGCUGCUCCUUCGACGAGGAGGACGCGGAGGCGCCGCCGGAGCGAUGCCGGCGGUCGCGGCGGUUGCAGACCGCGGUGUCCUACGGGGCUAAACCAUAA